AGAAGAUUUUUAUCAAUAACAAUAGACCACUUAUCAUAUUUUGAUUAAAUUGAUAAACUAAUGUAUCUAUGGUUUAUUUUGAAGAAAGGUUUUAUGUAGCGGAAGUAAAUUGUAUAAGAAAAUAUCCUAAAUCGUUUUUUUAUAAAAUAAAGAGUGGAAACUAUUUUUCCUUGAUCCUAAAAGCGAACGUAUUGUAGAUCACAGAAAUUAUCAUCAUAACAAACUGCCCGGUUUAGGAUGGCAGUACUGAAAUGCCGUAUUUCAAUUAUUUAAUGUCAUUAUUGGCAGUAGUGCUACAGAAUAAAAAAAAUGUUUUUGUGCUUGUGCUCAACGAUGUGUACUUUCCAGAUAAACACUUUUUUUUGAAUUAAUGUAAUUUUAUAAAAGUUUUUGUUUACUAAGUGAGUUCAGCGGUGAUUUAGUAUUUAAAGGUUUUUCAAUAAUAUAUAUACUUAAGCACUCUUUAACAUUACUGUGAUCGGCUAACCUCUUUGAAAUUUGAAAUGGCGCUUAAAGUGUGGAUUGUUGAAGUAUUUUCCAUAAACGAUAGCAACCAAACAAUACCAAAAUACAAUAGAAAGGUAAAAUUGAGAGCAGAAUAUGAUCCUCAGGGCAUUAGUAUAAAAUUUUAUGAACUUGACGAAUCCUCACAGUUGUUGGAGUUUCCAGUAGACUCUGAAACAGAUUGUUGUAAACUGGGGACAACUUCUUACUUAUUUUCUAUUGACAAUGAAAGUAUUUUAAUUAAGUUUAUUAACAGAGAAGAGGCUAGGUACUUUACUAUAGCAAUAAAAAAAGUCAAGUCAGGUAAAGAUGCCUCUAUAUUUUCUGUUAGAACCGAAGACUCUUCAGCAGCGCAGUACUUUCAAUUUUACGGAUAUCUAUCACAACAGCAAAAUAUGCUUCAGGAUUUUGUAAGGACUUACACGUAUCAAAGAGCAAUAUUAUGCAACUUGGACGAUUUCAAAGAUAAAGUAGUUUUAGAUGUAGGUGCUGGUUCAGGUAUUUUAUCUUUUUUUGCUGCACAGGCCGGUGCUAAGCGAGUAUAUGCCGUGGAGGCUUCUACUAUGGCCCAUUAUGCACAAAAAUUAGUUGAAGCUAAUAAUUUGACUGGCUGCAUUAAAGUUAUUCCUGGAAAAAUUGAAGAAAUUGAAUUAAACGAAAAAGUAGAUGUUAUAAUAUCUGAACCUAUGGGAUAUAUGCUUUACAAUGAGCGCAUGUUAGAAUCUUAUUUAAAUGCCAAAAAAUGGUUGGUUCCUGGAGGUAAAAUGUACCCUUUCAGGGGAGAUUUGCACAUUGUCCCAUUUACAGAUGAUGCUCUUUAUAUGGAACAAUACAGCAAAGCCAAUUUUUGGUUUCAAACAUGUUUUCAUGGUGUCAACUUAUCAGCUUUACAAAACUGUGCAGUCAAGGAGUAUUUUAGACAGCCUAUUGUUGAUACAUUUGAUAUUAGGAUCUGUAUGAGUAAAUCUAUUCGACAUGUAGUAGAUUUCUUAGAAACAGAUGAGACUGACCUUCACACAAUUGAUAUACCAUUAGAAUUUCACAUUUUAGAAUCAGGUACUUGCCACGGACUUGCGUUUUGGUUUGAUGUGGCUUUUGGUGGUACACAACAGACUAUAUGGUUGAGUACUGCUCCUACGGAACCCUUAACACAUUGGUAUCAGGUUAGGUGUUUAUUAGAACAGCCUCUACUUCUCAAACAAGGUCAAGUACUAACUGGUAGAGUAGUACUUGUGGCAAACAAAAGACAGAGCUAUGAUGUUACUAUUGAAUUAACCGUUGAAGGUACCAUGCAGACAUCUCAGAAUACUUUGGAUUUGAAGAAUCCAUAUUUCAGGUAUACCGGAGCGCCCGUUCAACCACCUCCAGGUGUUUCAAAUGUUUCUCCAAGUGAAAGUUACUGGAGUCAAUUGGAUGCACAGGGUGUGAGAAAUGCUGUAAAUAUGGUGAAUGGGAUGUCAGUGAAUGGACUAGGAGAAGUUUCCAUGGACACAACACAAACAUUAUUGAAUAACAAUUUAAUGGCGGCUAAUAAUCUCAUUGCCUUAGUUGAUUCUCAACAUAUGGGAGCAGAUGGGACCCAACCCAACAUUCAUCCAGGCAGUAUUCCUUCGACCGGCAGAGGACGGGUGGCAGCUAGUCCGACAUCAACGCAUACCGCUCAACUCAUCGGUGGCGCCAUCUCUCCGUCUCUUUUCACAUCACCGACGCAUCAACAACAACCGCUAGUCAUGGCGAAUUAUCCGAUCAGCGCCAAUUUGAUGAUAGGAGAUUAUGUGAAACCUUCCGUCGGUGUUGCAAUGCCCGCAGUAUAUCGCCAGUAGUUUACGUAGUUUUUAAUUUAUAUUUUUAAGUUAAGGGCGUACAAGGAGUCUGUUAGUUGACCUAGGCAAAAAUAAUUGAGUUUUUUUAUUUGGAUCGUAAUUUCAAUGUUUCGCCUGUUACAGUCGGCAACAGUACUUAAUUGUAUGCUUCCGUCAGUAUUUUAAUCAGCUUUAAAGAGCAUGCUGUUUGUUAAAUUUUUUUUUAAUUUUUGUGUUAGAAGCGUUGGCUAGAUACUAUCUCAUACAAUUCCGACCAAUAGAAAAUUUUCUUUAUUACUAGAGUGUAAUACUCAUCAGUGUUAAUUUAAUUUUGACAUUGUAUAUAAUUUUUUUUCAUUAUCUUAUUUUUCACGCGUAGUUUGAUGUCUGAUCGUACAGCUAAAAAUAUAUUUUUGUGAAAGCGAAUUAUUAUUAUCUAUUACUCUGAAGAUGGUAGUUGUAUGUAUAAAUAAUUUUUUCGAUACGAAUACCAUUGAACGUCAGAAAUUGUCUAAUACAUGUAUUUCUGGCAGUAGAAUUUUUUGAAGUUUAGUGGGAAACAUAUGUCCCUGCAGUAGCGAAAGAGUUAAACGGUUUAAGGUACUAGUGAUCCCUUAUUAUCUCAUUCUCAUUGAAUAAUCAGUUUAUUCACAUACAAAACUAAAUCAAUGAAAUUUUCUAAAUUUCUUUUCGCGAAUAGACAAUCCAGCAACUAUUGAUACCAAUUGUCAUAAUGACUUUUCUUUAAAUACCGGUUGUAUGGUAAUGUCAAAAUUAUAUGAUGAUAUUUCAUAUACUAUAACAUCCAUAUUUACAAAAUUUUUUCUUACACAUUACCUAACUCACUUUGAUAAUCUGUCUUCAUGUAAUUUUUACAAUCAAUUAUAUAUAGUUCAGCUCUAAAGACUCCUGGCUUCAAUCUCCUUCACUAUUAUUAUCCACUUCCUUCAGUGUCUUUGCUACAUCUCUCCAUUCCAUCUUUCCUCCCUCAUCCAUAUGCCUCUUGACUUUUUGCAGCCAUUUUUUCUUUUCUUUCCUUCACCUCCCUACAACACCAUUCUCAAAAUUCUCUCACAACCAUCUUGUUAAUUGUGCUUGAACUAUUUGUGUUGUUUUAGGCUUUAUAUAUAUCAUCAUUAGUUUUCUGUUUGUGCAUCUUCUCCAGGUACCUUCUGGAAUUUUGACACCGUCAUUUAUUUUACUUGAGAUUUUUAUUCCCCAUAUGUUCAGUUUAUUCUCAUUUUUUUUUUGUUACUUUUGUUACUAAUACUUGUCUCACAAUUGUUUCAUACGCUCUGAUUUUGAAUCCUCUUGAAAGGUUUUUUUAUUUGUGAUCAUACUGGUCCGUUACCAUUUAGAUUUCUCAUUUUCUUCUAGAUUUGUAAAUGUUAUGGUUGAAGAUGGAACCCGUUGUUUGUAUAUUACUUUAAUUCCAAUAACAUAUGAAUCAAAUAAAAAAUCUGCUAAAAUGUUGUAUAUUUAUUGUUACUAAAAAAAAAACUACUGAUGUCCUAGGAGCUCCAAUAUCGGGGUCGAUGGAUCAUUUAUUAUUUAAGUUUUGGUUUCAGUAAUUUUAAAUCAAACAACUUAUUUUGAUAAUUUGAAUAUCGGUGACAUUUUUAGAUAUUAACAUUGAGAGAAAUAUUUUAAUUAAUUGGAGGUAUUAUGAUAUAAAACCAACGUUAUUGAUGAAGUGCAAUGGUAUUGGUAUUAAAAAAUCUGUAAAAUAUAUUGAAAAAAAUCGUAAAACGUUAAGAAUAAUAAUUUUUCUAUCAUAUACGUUCCAAAGAUUUGAUGUUUCCGGUGAAUGAAAAUCCAAUAUUUUCAAUAACAAUUUUUAUUUAUUGUUUAUACACUUGAUACAAUUUUUUUCUCGUUCGUAAUUUAUUGUUGACAUGUAAUUAUCAUCCUGUGACGUCCUAUAAUUAUCACGAUUUUCCAUAGGGAACAUUAUCCUUGAGAUUUAUAAAGGGUCCUCCACGGGAAACGGAUGUUUUUCAAAUGGACAACACUGCACUAUUUUAAAGUUUAAAAAUAGUUUAUUGGUAGAAAUACGUUUCUUAGAACAUGCAAUUUGACUAACUUAUGUACGAAAAAUAAUAUUAUUAAGUUGGUGUCCAUUAUCACGCUUACAAAUGUGGAGACGCUCUCUGAAGUUUGCUUACACUCUCUCCAAUAGUUGACGAUCGAUCUGAGCGACGUUCUGCUCUAUAGCUUGUCGCAGUUCGCCCAACGUACGAGGCUUGUUUUCAUACUCACAAGACUUUAGAAAUCCCCACAAGAAAAAAAUCACACAUCGAAAGGUCUCGAGAACGAGGGAGUCAAUGCAGUUCAACGAAUCUAAACUGUACAACUGGUGCACAACUGACAUUUUGUAAGGGUGAAAACCUAAAGCUCGGUGUAGAAUUCGCCGCACUGAACUAUCGGAUAUUCGUAGUGCUGCAGCAUGCUGACAAACUGAACAUCUUGGACUAGUUAAAAUAGCCUGUCUUACACAUUCAAUGUUCUCUAGAGUUCGAACUGUGCGACGUGGUCUCGGUGGCUGCCUUUUCAUUAAACUACCUCCACUACGAAGGGCAUUAACCCAUCGCAAAAUGGUGUUUCGGCUCGGUAUGUCUCCAUGCCGAGAAACGUUAAACCUUCGACGAAAGAGGCAUUGAACUUCCGUAACUGAUUCGCCUCUCCGCACAAAACUGUCAUAAACGAAAACGCGAUGCUCUACGUUCCACACAGGCAUGAUGGCAACAGAUCAAUGAACAAGCAUAAAUCGCAAGGUCAGACGAGUGACGUGCUGGUCUCGGCCCCCCUCUUCAACUCUUACCGGAUGCGUAAUACCAACUCGAAAACGUCCGUUUCCCGUGACGGACCCACACAUACUCAUAAGGUUUGGUUUUCUGUAGUCUUUAAACAAACCCAUAAAUAUUUUCAUUGUGAAUGUACCAGGGAAGGUUUGUAUCACCAAAGAGGUUUUAGAUUUUCUUCGUAUCUAAUUUAAUUAUUAGACCUAACUCAGAUUAUAAAUUAUAAAAAAAAGAAAAACACUUGUACCAAGGUAUUAAUAGAAUUUGAACAAUAUUAUAAUUUCUUUAAAGUGAACAAGUGUUUGUAUUUCUACUUCAGAAUAUCCCUUGUGAAUAAAAUGGCUCAAAAACGAUCUGCUGAUAGGUCCUUAUUAUAUUUAAAUUUAUAAUGAUUAUAUACACUUUACCGACGUUAUUGUUGAUUUAAAUUACAAUAUGUUUCAUGAGUAAAAACAACUUCAAAAACAUUAUACAUUUGAUGUGUCCCCUACGUUUCUCUUUUACAUAACUAUAAUCAAUUUACUGCAUAUUAUGAUUUCUUUCUGACGUCUGGUAAUUAUUUGAUAGCAGCUGCCCUGAAGAAGUGUCGCAUCUGCUUCAAUGUCUAUUGAAGCAACUUUAUUAUUUAUAUAAUAAAAUCUUUAUAAUUUUUAGAGGAUAAGGACCUACCAUCUGGUCACGUAGAUAAUUUACAUCCUCACCAUCUUUUCUAAUAUCUUCAACCUAAUGUAAUUUAUUCAAAUCAAAUUUUGUUAAUAAAAUUGAUUGAUUGAUUUUUAUUGAAUUGUGAACCUUUAUAACAUUAGUUGUUUGACAAUAAUCCACAGAUGCGAGGUGUGAUAACCAUUCGUUCAUUGGUUGUUCCUUACCAAACAGUCCAAAUGUGUAAGGUCUGGUGUUAGUUGGUUGGUUGUUCUUUACCAAUUAUGUAUCCUAUAACAUUGGAAUCUCUACUACAUUAAUUGUGCGACUGUUGCUAAUUCCAUUUGAACAGAAAACAAACCAAAAGCGUUGAUUCUGGUCAAGGACUUUUCCAGCAGGAAUAGGACUACUUCCAUUUACCCCGCACAAACUAGUUUUGUGACGUCUCAAAUUAAAGCAAGACUUCUAAGAGAAGUUUCAUUUUGGUGACAUUGAUGUAAACAAUGUUCAUAUUUUCCACUUGGAAAUUGAGAAUAGUAUUUUGCUGCUAGGUAGUUUUGCUGUAUUAUUGGAUAUUCAUUUUAAUCAUUUUAUGAUUUUUCUAAACUCAAUUGGUUCAGUGUUUCAUUUUGUACCGGGUGUAUAAACUUAUUUUAUUUCUGUUGUUUUAUAAAGAAAGUAUACGAUCUCAAAAUAUUCUCACAUCUUAGGUACAAUUUCAAAUCAUAUGUUCACAACUUUAUAAAUAAAUAAGACACCCUACUCUUUUAUCUCAGUAGCUUGUUUCCCUUUUUGUUUUUCAAUUUUUCUGUACCCUUCACAAAAUUGUGCUUAAGAGCUUCCAGUGGGAUUGUAUUUAUUAUGUUUUUUGAAAUACAACAUAGCCCCGUUUUAAUUUUUUGUAUCCGUUUCUCAUGUUGUACUUAUAUUUUAGUAACCAGGCCCAUUUUGUAUUGUUUCUGAAUGUACAUUAAAGUUUUGGAACAGUAAAUGGCUGGAAUUUACAUGAAAGAAACCAUAUUAUUUAUUAUUAUGUUGUUUGUUCAAAUUUUACCAUAUAAGAGGUAAUAUUAAAUCAUUUGUGACAGAUUUGGUUAAGUAGACUGCCCUUUUUUGCGUGAGUCUUUAAGGUAAACCGUUCUAUGCUUUGUGGAAGAGUCCAUCCAUCCGUCCAUCCAAAUACUGUAGUUGUAUAAAAAUUGUAUGUUAUUUAAAAGUAUUGACCACAGUGAUUCUUUGACGUUAUCCGUUCAUUAAUAACACUUACAAGGUCUUAAUCUAUUAUGACCUAUAAAAUAUUGACAGGUAUACAUCUUUUAUUCUUCUGCAUAUACAACUCUUAGGAAGUCUCCACUGGUGGAAUCCGAUCAUAGAUGUGCUGCUUCCAAUGAUUUUCAUUAUACCUAUUUAUGUUUUCUCUACCAUACAGUAUGACAUUGUGGUGUCGUCUCCAAAUUUCUGUUGUUUCGUUUUUUUGACUUUCAAAAUAUCAAUCCAAGAACUUUCUUUUUCCAUGCCAGGAGCUCAGUUAUUGGAAAUAAACACAUUUCGAGAGUAAGUUAUAAAUGAUAGUGGGUCUUUCCUUUUGAAAAUCCUAUACAUUUUGGGAUUGAUAAGUGUAAUUAGUAAUUACUGGGUACAUUAUUCGAACAUGUCUUCAGUUAAAAUUAUUUGUUGACAUUAUCAAUAAUUUAUAAAUAAUAUGUGAGAAAAGUUUUACAGGACGUUGAUUAAUUUAAUUUUAUUGAAAGUAAUCAUUUCCAAUAUUCAUUGAAUGAUUUUUUUGAAUUUCAGUUAUGCAAUCUUCUGCAUUGGAGAUGAACAACGGCUUUUAAGGUAAAUUCAAAAACGGUGUGGUUCGCUUUUAUAGUUAAUAUUUAAAAUUUUGGAAUGUGUAUCAAUCAUCUAAUUAUUAUAUAACGCUUUGUAUAUUUGAUUUCUUUUUUUUUUAAACAACGACUACUGUUGAAUUACAAAAUAUCGAUGUAAUUAUUUUUGUCAAACUCUUUUUAUUUAUUGCAUAUAUCUAUAUAUAGGGUAAAUUUGCAGCGACUUAAUUUUAGAUAGUUUAAGGCAAUCUUUUUAGUUUAAGAUAAUACAAAUUUGUAUAAAGCAAACUAGGUAAAAGUAAUAUUAUGUUUCAGUAACUGUAGGAGAGUGUAAUUGUUUAUAAUAAUUUUACAUUGUUAAUUUGAAAUACUAUUAUUCAAAAGUUGACUAGAAGAUGAAACAAACUUCAAUUCUUGGACUUUUUUAUUUACAUUUCAGUGAACAAAUUUAUUAAGUUCUAAAUUUUUGAUUAUAUGUUGGUCACUCAUGAACAAGUUUUAUAUAAAGUUCCUUAAUGAUUCAUUUACAACCCUCUUCCAUACCUUCGUCACCCAAAUCUCCAAUUUAGCUUCGCCUGCAUUUUUAUCAAAUGAUAUGGAAUAUCAUAUUAAUAGAGGCUUAAAAUACUUCUGAGAAACCUGUUUUCCUUAUGAUUUAUUUCUUUCUGUUUUAUCUAGGCUAGUGUUUUAUUUUUAACAGUAUACAUUUGAGAAGGGAAUUAUUGGUCUUUGAAAAUUUUAAAAACAAAUAUAUGCAGUAAAAGUGAAAAAUUUCAAAUUCUACUACUUUUACAUCAUUUAACGAUUUCCACUUUUAACCAGUAUGACUUUGACUAUUUUGACUUCUUCUUAUGCGUACAGACUUUAUAUAAAGUUUCCAUGGGGUUGUGCAUUAUCGUGCACCAUACCAGAUGACAGUAUAUGGUAUAUGUUAACAAGAGCCAGAAGUCACAUGAUGCUAAAUUUGGUGAGUAGGGGAAUGUGAACCAACAGUUGCAAAAAACUUGCGAAUCCGAAGCAACUUGAAUACGGUUUAUUUUUAUAUUUCGUUAUCCUCUCAUAAAAUCCAGAAUUUGCAGUUAUUUUGCACAUGUUCAUCUGACUCACAUUUAUUCAUAUAUCAAUAAUUUACCUUAUUUUUCAAUUUCCUCAAAGGAUUUUAACUUGUCUCAAGGCAUGAGUUUUAAUGGCUGCUAUAAAUUGAUUAAAAAAAUAUUUUUUUUUUCAGUUUUUUAUCUUUAUACAUUAAUGUAGGAUACUGUGGUUAUGAUUGGUCAACCAUUAUCCAUUAUUAGGCAUCAAUAACUUUAACCUUUGUUUCUUUCAAGCUCUCCUAGUUACUGAAACGCUAAUGUUAGUGAAUUGUGAGCCUGAUACGAAGGGAAAUACAUAAAAAAUGUAGAGCGUUUACACUUACAAUUGACUAGCUCAGAUAACUGACUGAUCUUUUUAUUAUUUGCUACUUUUUUAUUACCUGAACUUCUGUUUUUAAUACUUUUGGUACCAUUCUUGCUGCUUUACUGCCUUUUCCUAUUGUUUUUCUAUCUUCCUUCGUCUCCUUUAUUUAUGUUAAAGACUCCCAAAUAUUCGAUUUGUUCUACUUUUUCUAAUAUGUACAGUAAUAUCGAUUUCCUCAUUGUCUUUCUUUAUUUCUUUAUAUUAAACCUAGAGUUUUUAUACCAAUUUCUCUUAGUUUAGUUUCUUGAAUUAAGUUGAAGAGUAUUGAUAACUUGGAUUGUCAUAAAUCAAAUAUCAAAAUAUUUUAAUUUCUACCUAAUAAUACUUUAGAGCUAACGAUGGAAUCGUAUCCUUACUAGUUUAUUGAUGUAAGUAACCGUCGAUCCUCUUACUGCUUGUUCUUCCGAAUCUCCAACAAUGAACAACGAUAGCGAUGACCCCCCUUCAUUCGUUAUCGACAAACCUCCACUAAUAUUUCCCAAAGGGGUAGCAAUUUAUCAAAUUUGAUCUAGGUAUACUGAAGACGACCAUUAUAAGUCAGUUUUAUCUGUAAACGUUGUUAAAACUUUGAACAUAUUAAGUUGAGAUUGAGAUUCAAAUAAUUAUUUAUUUUCGGUAGUCAAGUUGUCUGAGUAUAUGUUCAGAGUUUCAACCGUAUUGAAUGUAUAGAACAAUAAAAAGCAUACUGAAUCACAAAUAUAAAAA